AUGCACAAACAAUGGUGUUCAAGCAAGUGGCAGCUACCUGGCAUUUCACGUGGAAGGAGAAGGAGGAAAACUAGGCGCUUUACCGAUCAAUGCCAAAGGAAGAAAACUGAGAAAGGAUAUGUCCAUUAUCAAAUAGAUGACUUCUGCUUCAUGACGUUUAAUGACGAUCUUCUAGUAACUUGCAGCCGGGAUGAUAAUGUGAAGAUCUGGCGCCUUUCUGGUGAAGAAGCGACAAAUUCCCUUGAGUGUGAAAUACAUGUUGGAAAUGGGGUACUUUUGGAUUCGAUCAAACCACAUUCUACAGCCUCCAAUAUUAUUGCUGCCGCUUCCCUUGGCGACGCUUACGUCAUUGACAUUGAAAGGAAUGUGGUUGCCACGAAGCUCGAUGGUUUCGUGGACAAAGGCCAAUCGCUGGACUGGAGUGAAGACGGAAAGCUCCUAGCAAUCAGUGCUGACAAGGGGCGUGAGGUCUGCGUUUAUGAUGCACGAAGUGGAACGUCUCCGAUUCAGCGGUUGGCCGUUCAUCAAGGAUUGGGCCGUGAAUCACGGGUGUUGUUUUGCGGAGAUCGCCUACUUUCCAGUGGAUUCACUAGUAAACGAGCCCAGGAAGUACACGUGUUGGAUGUGGGCAAGUGGGAUAAACCUGUACACACUCAGGAAUAUGUUUCAACUACAGGAGUUUUGAUGCCAUUUUACGACCCCGACACAAAAUUAGUUUUCCUUGUUGGUAAAGGGACGAACAAGCUGUUCAUUGCGGAAUUCCAAUCUAAAGUGCCAUAUCUUUCUCCAGUUUAUGAGAUGUCUCUUGCCGAACAGAAUCUCGGUGCGUGUUUGGGUAGCAAGCGGAACGUGACCGUUAUGGAUGGUGAAGUGGAUACUUUGUAUCAGCUCACAAAGCAUUGCAUACUACCAAUACCAUGCAUAGUACCGCGUAGGUCUUAUCGCGAUUUCCACGCGGAUUUAUUCCCGGAUACUCGAGGUCCUAAAGCUGGCUGCACAUCUGCCGAGUGGCUGGCUGGCUCCAAUGCACUCCCUGAAAAGGUGUCGCUUGCCCCGAAUGGGACCAGUGGUCUACCACACGUGUUGAAUCAGACACCAUCUCCUCUUUCACCACCAGCUGCUUCACCUACUAUCAAAGAGACUCCGAAACCUGUAGUGCAACCUGUUAUAUUGCCUAAUACUGAACGCCCACGUGCCCAAACGCAGCCUUCAGGGUUUGUAGGAUCGGGAACACUAUCUGAUUCGGUGUCUCAGACUGUAUCAACACUGAAGACCAAGAUCAACUUGAAGGAAGACAAAGCUGAUGUGAAGGAGCUUGUUUAUACGGUUGAUGACAACUCCGAAAAAGAAAACGACCUGAAAAAGAAAAAUGAACCGCCUCAUAAGUCGUCAGAGCUUGUUGGAUGCCCUAAACUGGAACGCUCUUCUUCAGCGGAUCAACCAAUCGUUACACCGAUGCCUGACCCUCCUAUUAGGAUUCGCCAGCUGAACAACAAAAACGAGCUUUCGGGCCGUUCAAUAUCAGCACGUGUUCGUCCCAAAUCCUGCGUUGUAGGUGUUGUGGCCUCCAAAUUUCGUCAUGCUAAUAAUACGAUAUUCACAAAUAUCCGAAAUGUGAAUACACAGCUUCCACUUGAGACGAACGGCGCCUGCACCAGCGGAAAGUUUGUUGCUGUACCUCUGAAAGGACCAGCAGGCGUUGUGGGUAUCUACGAUGUCGAAAAACCAGGAAAACUUCCUGAUGGAGUCAUGGAUGGCAUAUUCAACAAAGCGCAGGUCACGGAUCUUCACUGGAACCCUUUUGAUGAUGAGCAGCUUGCUGUGGGAACUGAUGUUGGGCUUAUAAACUUUCUGGCGGUUAACGAGAGAUGA